AACACAGACAGACGGAGCAAUGGCGGCCGCAGCUCCACCACUGCCCCCACAGCCAACCCCAGAUCCACCCAUGACAUUGCCUGAGAACCCCAUCGGAAACCCUCUGUUCGUCAGGAUUAGCCUUGCCAUCAAAGACGACCUCCCACAUAUACACAAGCUCAUCCACCAAAUGGCGGUGUUUGAGCGUCUGGCCCACUUCUGUCACGCCACCGAAGCUUCCCUCUCCUCCACACUCUUCAACUCCCCAACCUUCCAAUCCUUCACCGUCUUCAUCCUCGAAGUCUCCACUCGCCCCUUCCCAGAGGAUCUCCACCACAACAACCCUUUCUACCCUCCUGUCGUUCGCAUCAUCAAUCUCGACCUCCCGAUCGACGAUCCAGAAGCCGAAACACUCCGAUCGGGUGAGGGUGUUGUGGUGGCUGGGUUUGUUCUCUUCUUCCCCAACUACUCGACCUUCUUAGCCAAGCCUGGGCUCUACAUAGAGGACAUUUUUGUGAGGGAGAGUUACAGGAGGAAAGGCCUUGGGAAGAUGCUUUUGUCGGCGGUGGCGAAGCAGGCGGUGAAGAUGGACUACGGGAGGGUUGAGUGGUGCGUGCUUGAUUGGAAUAUUAAUGCUAUUAAGUUCUACGAGGAGAUGGGCGCCAAAAUGAUGCAGGAAUGGCGGAUUUGUAGGUUAACUGGUGAGGCUCUCCAGGCUUAUGGGAAUUCAGAUUAGGAUUAGGGUUUUAACUCCUCCAUUGAAGAGAGGGGAUUGUGGAGGGUUUAGAUGAUA